CAGCCCCGCCCGGCCCAGGUGGAGGCGGCGGCGCUGCCGCGGGACCGGCACCGGGAGUGGCACCGGGGGCAGGACCGAGGAGGAAUUCAGCCGUGUCCCGGGGCUCCCGUGUGUGAAGGACGGAGGCAGAGGAAGGCUGCCGUGGGUGUUUGCCAUCACUGCACAGGAUCCUGUCACUCUUAUGAGCACAGCCAGGGACACUGGGUGUUCACUGUGGUGAUGUCCCACUGAUGAAGCUCCAUCUCUUACGGGGACUCAGCCUUUCCUCGCACACAAGCUCCUGGGGGAAUACUUCUCCCGCUGUGGCUGACUCCCUGCACCCUGCCAGCCUGCCGACCACCACCGGCCCGAGAUGUCAGCCGGGGACAAGAACGGGGGCAGCCGCUCCAGCAGCAGCCGCCUGCAGAGCAAGAAGCCGCCCAACCUCUCCAUCGUCAUCCCACCCCGGGAGGCCGAGGAGGAUGGUGCCCACAAGGAGCCCUCCAAGGUGCCCAUCUACCGCAAGAGCAAGAGCCUGCAGGAGCCCCGCCCAGAGCGCCGGCCCGGCUUCCGCCGGCAGACGUCCCUGUCCCAGAGCAUCCGCAAGGGCACAGCGCAGUGGUUCGGCGUCAGCAGCGACUGGGAGGGGAAGCGGCAGCAGUGGCAGCGCAAGAGCCUGCAGCACUGCAGCAUGAGGUACGGCAAGCUGAAGCCUGCCUAUCGCGACAUGGAGCUGCCCAGCCAGGAGGUGCCCUCCUUCCAAGCCACCGAGUCACCCAAGCCCGCCAAGAUGCCCAAGAUCGUGGACCCGCUGGCCAGGGGCCGUCCCUUCCGCCAUCCCGACGAGACCGACCGUCCCCACACGCCCCACCACGUGCUGCCCCCGCUCACCCCCGGCGUUGUCUCCUUGGCCUCCUUCAACAGCAUCCGCUCGGGCUACGGCCGCCUGCCGCGCAGGAAGAGGGAGUCUGUCGCCCACAUGAGCUUCAAGGCGGCAGCAGCCCUCCUCCGUGGGCGCUCUGUCCUGGAGCCACUGGCUCCCAAGCAAAGGAGCAAGAGGAGCUUCCUGUACCCCAGCUUCAUGGACGAGGACAUGGUGGAUGCUGCUGAUACCCUGGACUCGUCCUUCUUCAGUAAGAUGGACAUGCACGAUGAGACAUACUCCAUGCCCGAUGACGUCUUUGAGUCACCUCCUCUAUCAGCCACCUACUUACGCAUGCACCAGGUGGCAGAGGAAGCCAGGGUGUCCCCUGAGGUGGAGCAGCCCACCCCGCGGGAGGGUGUCCGGCUGGCUUCGGUGUCGGGCGGCGCAGGCCCGGCUCCGCGGCGGGGCAGGCGCAUCGCCUCCAAGGUGAAGCACUUCGCCUUCGACCGCAAGAAACGCUACUACGGGCUGGGGGUGGUGGGCAAGUGGCUGAACAGGAACUACCGGCGCAGCCUGAGCAGCAUCGUGCAGUCCCAGCUGGAGAUCACCGACAGCCACCGGCCGUAUUUCACAUACUGGAUCACCUUUGUCCACAUUCUCAUCACCCUGCUGGUCAUCGGCACCUACGGCAUCGCCCCCAUUGGCUUCGCCCAGCACGUGACGACAGAGUUAGUGCUGAGGAACAAGGGUGUCUACGAGAGUGUCAAGUACAUCCAGCAGGAAAACUUCUGGAUUGGGCCCAGCUCGAUCGACCUGAUCCACCUGGGAGCCAAGUUCUCCCCCUGCAUCCGGAAGGACCGGCAGGUGGAGCGGCUGAUCCAGCGCGAGCGGGACCGGGAGCGGGGCUCCGGCUGCUGCGUGCAGAACGACAACUCAGGCUGCAUCCAGACCCUGCCACAGGACUGCUCGGAGACACUGGCAACGUUCAUCAAGUGGCCGGGCAGCAAUGCACCAGCCAUGGGCUCGGGAGAGAGGCGGACCUCGGGGGCUGUGUGUCACCAGGACCCCAGGACAUGUGAGGAGCCCGCAUCCAACCCACCCCAUGUGUGGCCGGAUGACAUCACCAAGUGGCCGAUCUGCACCUACGAGACCAAAACCAACCACACGGGCUUUGCCCACCUGGACUGUGAGAUCAAGGGCAGGCCCUGCUGCAUUGGCACCAAGGGCAGCUGCGAGAUCACCACGCGGGAGUACUGCGACUUCAUGCACGGCUACUUCCACGAGGAGGCAACGCUCUGCUCGCAGGUGCACUGCCUGGACGAGGUCUGUGGGCUCCUGCCCUUCCUGAACCCGGAGGUCCCUGACCAGUUCUAUCGCCUGUGGCUGUCCCUGUUCCUGCACGCCGGCAUCAUCCACUGCCUGGUGUCGGUGACGUUCCAGAUGACGGUGCUGCGGGACCUGGAGAAGCUGGCAGGCUGGCAUCGCAUCUCCAUCAUCUUCAUCCUCAGUGGCAUCACGGGCAACCUGGCCAGUGCCAUCUUCCUACCCUACAGGGCAGAGGUGGGCCCUGCCGGCUCCCAGUUCGGCUUGCUGGCCUGCCUCUUCGUGGAGCUCUUCCAGAGCUGGCAAGUGCUGGAGAAACCCUGGAAAGCCUUCCUCAACCUCUUUGGCAUCGUCCUCUUCCUCUUCAUCUGCGGCCUCUUGCCCUGGAUCGACAACAUCGCUCACCUCUUCGGCUUCCUCAGCGGGCUCCUGCUGUCCUUCGCCUUCCUGCCCUACAUCACCUUCGGCACGCUGGACAAGUUCCGCAAGCGGGCCAUGAUCAUCGUGUCCCUGCUGGUCUUCGUGGGGCUCUUCGCCUCGCUGGUGGUGUGGCUCUACGUGUACCCCGUGAACUGGCGCUGGGUGGAGUACCUCACCUGCCUGCCCUUCACCAGCAAGUUCUGCGAGAAGUACGAGCUGGAGCAGGUCCUGCACUGACCCUGCUGGCAGGGACGGGGCUGGCACGGGAGGUGUUUCCCACGGGGUGGGUCCUCCCCAGCCUGUGGGAGGUGGUGGUGGCUGCUCCAGGAUGGGGCAGACCCUGGGCAUGGCUCCAUCCUCAGGGAGGCUGGGUUUGGGGUACCCCUCGCUCGAUGCUGGGGAUGCAGGGCUGAGGCAGCCCUGCCUUGGCCGCCUUUGGGGCUCCCUCCUGAUGCUGGAAAGCUGUAACUGGUUUGGGGACUGACUCUGGCUGCUGCCUGUGUGGGGAAAGGGCUGAGGGAAGCGGGAUUUUGGUGUAUCCAUGGCCAGGCUGGACUCCCAGUCCUGGGGUGAAGUUGCUGAAGUCUCCAGCCUGUGCCCCUGCCUGCUGGGGCUGCAUCCCACCUCAGUGCCCUGCAGCACUGCAGCUCAUACUGUGAACACAACCCCCUUUUUGCAGGGGCACUUUUUUUAUCCACAGCUCUUUAGGCCCAGGGUUUCCCCAUUUUGGGCUUCCUGUGGUCUCUGUCGAGGCUCCAAGAUGUUCAGGGCUGAGCUUCAAAGAUAUUUUUCAGUCCUGUUCUCCCUGAGGCCAAGGAGGCUUGUGCCUUCCCACCUGGCUCCUCACUGGAUGGAGAGGCAGGACUUGGGGCAGGGGGCUUUACCUUCUCUUAUUUCAGUGAAAUUGUCCUUUUGGAAGGGGAGGAGUGGCAAGAACCAUGUUUGUAGUGCCAUGGUGGGAGGCAGACAUGGAGAAAAACCCCCUGGGGGGGCACAUGUGGCUGCUUCUGGAGCCCACAGACCUCUCAGGAAGCUGUUGGUGCUCCCACCUUCUGCCUUGAGUCCCUGCUUGAGUCCCUUUUUCAAGUCGUGGAGACCCAGGCAGCCUUCCUUCCUGUGGUGGUGCUGGUCAGAUGGGGAAGUGCAGGAUGGGGCAGUCACCUUCCCUCUUCCCUGCCCAAGGCUGCACAGUCCCACCUGCCCCCAGCCCUGGGCUGCUCUCCCCAGCAUCUCCUCCUCCUUGCCACCAGCCAUGGCACGAAGGCAGGUCCUUCCUGGGGUCCAGGUGACCCCUCUGGGCUGGUUUGGACCCAGGCUGGUGCCAGGCUGUCUCUCCCCUGAGAUGUGUUGCUUUGGUGCUGGAAGCCUCAGUGCUUUUAAGUGGGGGCAGGUGGGAAUGCCCCAGUUAGGAUGUCCUGGAUAAAUAUUCAAGGGCUGAGAGCCUGGCUCCCUCUCCACAACCACGUGUUGAGUGAGCCCAGGAGCAUCUGCAUCCGUCCCUGCAUACUCCCUCCACCCUGGGCCAGUUUUCAGCCCCACUCUGUCCCUCCAGUUGCUGCUCCAGCCAAAGACAGACACUUCACCUCAUUUGUCUCUUUUUGAUACUUUUUUAAAAAGCUGUGGGUUCCCCCCCAUCCUUAAUAAAUUUCUACCUGUAUUUAAUGAGA